AUGGGGAAAAUCACCAAGACGAUGCAGCCGAAGCAUGAGGAGACUCUUUCUCCUUGGCUCAAAGACUUUGUGCAGUCGGCUUGCACAUUACCACUUCCACUUCUCCCCGACCACAUCGCCACCUUCCCGACACGAUGGCCGUUCCCGCGGGGCGACCUCUACCACUGGAUCCCCCUACUCAACCGGUUCGACAAUAUUCUCGAGUGCUUCAGUGGCACAUACAAGUUGAACGACGGCCCCCAAACCGGUGAUCUAGGCUGCGAGGUGUUACUUCAUCGAGGCCUCAAAGUGGAAGAGUAUGGCACGGAGGCAUGGGACAUGGACCGCCUGCGCAAGCAGGGCUAUGGCGAGCAAGGUGACCGCCAGCUCAUCGAGGCCAUCCUCAAGUUCACGCGCGUCCUGCUGGAGCAUUGCGGUAACAGAAGCAUUUACGCCAGCAGCAACCACUUGAACGACCUCCUUCAUGCUACAGACCUGUCCGUCAUCAUCGCAACCCUCGGAGUUGGUUCCGAGCUGGCCAAACGAUACCAGGCCUCUGUCAAACGUAUCGGAAGUCACUCCCGCCAUGUCAGCACUGCACUGCUGGCUAACCACUACAAUAUUGCCCUCGAGCGUGUACAGCUAUUAGCCUCCCCCUUUGUCAAGACACCUCUCAUCUCCCUAUCCGAUGCUGCUGCAUCUGCUACACCCGGUUCCGCUGCCAAGGGCAAGGAUAAGAUCCAAAGUGCCGGGCAGAAGAAUGCAGCACCCAUGUUUGCCAACGAUCUCAGUGCCAUCGUCAACUCGGAACCUGGUCAAUGGAACGGCUGGGGUGACAUCAAGAUCUCGUACACUGCCGUCACAGACACUAAAGACCAGCCAUUUCCCAGUGCCGUGGAUCGCACCUCUGCUGGGACGAACCUGCCAAGCACCCCAACACCUUUGCGGCGAAGUACUACGAUGGGUGGUACUGCUCAACAAACCCCGAGGUCGGCCCGGCAAGUACCAGGCGACGAAGCCUCGCCUUCUACCGUGUCUCGCUCUCCGGCUCCAGUAAGCGAGCAUGCCACAUCCAGCCAGAAGGUGUUUGAUCUGCCGCAGUCCGUGGUGGCGUCAUCUUCUAUCUACGACCUACUUGCCCGCUGCCCUGCCGAUGCUCCACCACACACCAGAUACGAAUAUCUCAACAGGGUCAGAAUUGCCAAGGCGCUCCUAGGCAGUGUUGAGACUCGCCAGCAGGCUCUAGCCAUUCGUCUCCUGGCUGUCACGAACCUGGCAUAUAUCCACCCGGAGAAUGUGUUUAUGGAAAAGGUCAUGCGUCAGGAUAUCGACGAAACUCGACGAUACCAGCUCGUCUAUCAGUUGGCCGAAAUAAUUCACCCAACAUCCCCUGGAUCGAAACCUGUGCCUCUUUGGGUCCAAUCGGUCGCACUCGCUUUAUUGGAAGCUAUUUCUUACUUCCAGGCUCGCUAUCAAGAUGUGCUUUCUGCCCUUAAUGCCAACGUCAACCACGGCAUUCUUUUGUACGUCAUUCGCAAGGCAGUCGCGGGCAUGAAGGAGGAUGAGGUGGCCGACAAGUACAACCAGUCCACCGAGGUCAACGAGUGGCGCAAAGACCUCUUCUCAUUGACACAGCACUUGGCCAUGUCCACUAGAGUUGGCGCAGAGAUGGUCAGCGCUGGCCUGAUGGAUGUCCUGGUUGAGAUCAUGAAGACACGAUCCAAUGUGGCUCAGCGUAAUCAUGCGACUAUUUUGAGUUUCAUAGACGGACUCAUUUGGUCCUACCAGAACGCUUUCCACGCCUUCUUCAACGGUGAUGGCUUGGACGCCAUCUCGGAACUUCUUGUCACGUCUGUCAAAGAAGGCACCCAACUUGCUGACGCUGGCCGUGGUACGCAACCUGAGUACCACUCUUCUGUUGUCGACUACAAUAUCCCGUUCCACCAUCAGCAAACGCUUAAGUGGCUGUUGAAGUUUAUGCACCACAUGAUGACCAACUCUUAUAGUCUCGGAGGCAACACGGACCGCCUCCUGCGGAACCUCGUGGACAAGUCUGAUCUAUUGGCCAGUCUGAGGGAGAUCAUGCAGCAUACUACGCAAUUCGGCUCUGUUCUGUGGACAAACUCUGUUACUGUUCUCAGCGACUUUAUCAAUAACGACCCUACAAGCUUCGCAGCCAUUGCGGAGUCUCGCAUGAUCGUAAGCUUCCUCGAAUCCGUCACCGGUAGCCCUGUACCCGAGCAGACAGCGGCCCCUCGCGGCAGCGAAGACGCUACCGGUGAAACGGAUGACGCGCCUCAGGAAAACAACGAUCAGGUUACCCUUGAGCCUGACGACAAGCCUCAUCCCCCACCAGAGCAGGAGCUGGCUGCUGGCAGGGACCGCCCCCUCGCGAGAGGGAUCUUGACGAGCCCAGACGCCAUGCUCGUUGUGCCGCAAGUCCUCAAUUCCAUUUCCCUCAAUAAUGUUGGCCUCAGAAUGGUCGUAUCAUCGCGCGCGUUCGAGUCUUACUUCGAGAUGUUUGAAAGCCCGAAACACGUCAAUUGUCUUGAGGGCGAGCAACACCUCGCCAGCAGUGUGGGUGAAAGCUUUGAUGAGCUGUGCCGGCACCAUCCAGCUUUGAGAAGUCCUAUCUCGGAUGCUGUUAUUGACAUGGUGGCAAGAGUCAGAUUCCUCGGCAAAGACAAAGCAGAGACGUCUGGCUGGGGAGCAAAGCUGGUCUUUGACGAUGCCAAUGGCAACGUCUUGACUGCUGACCAAAACCUUCUCGGUCAUCUCUCAGCUCCGCCUGACGAUAGCAAAGGCAAGAAAAAGGUCUCCACCGAUGACGCGGAUGUUGACAUGCUGGACGGAGCAGUGACUGCAAAGGAAGAAGACAGCAGUUCAGCGUCCAGCAAGGAAGCCUCGAAGCCAGCUGCGACGGCAUUUGAUAGUAUCACACCUUAUGUCCAUGCACUUGGCCUCUUCCUCACCACCUACCUUUCCAACAACACCAUGAAGACCCAUUUCGUCCAGCGCGGAGGCAUCGAGCUGCUGCUCGACAUUGCCGAAUUGCCCAGUCUCCCUUACGACUUCAACGAGUCCAACGCCUCUCGUAAGCUCUUCUCAGUGAUCUCUCAGCUCGUUGACCAUUCUCCCGUCCUGGGGUUGCCAGCGCUUCUCAAGCGGGCACAGGCGGCACUCGACUCCCUCGAGUCGUUUGCGACUGCCAACGACGGCCGACCGUACUUUGCCCCUUUCGUUUUGUCUGAAAAACCGAUGACGCUGGAGGACGCAAACUCAUGGGACACGACGACACGAAACAAGAUGCUCACAGGAACCAAGGUCGUCAGAGCCCUGCUCAAUGCCCAGUCUUUCCUGAAAACGCUAUACGAGUGUUUCCCGUCUUCACCGCGCUCCUCGUCUUCGGUGUCGCUCUAUCCCAUCAACUUCUAUGAUUACUACCUGCAGUUGAUCAAGUCCAUUGGGCCUCUUCUACGGGCAGGUCUCACAGAAGAAGGCGCAGUACACAACGUACUGCCCCAGCACUGGUGGGCCAAGAAAGUCGGUGCAAUCGACGAAGCCUUGGCAAUCAUCGGUCGACCCGCGGUGCCAGCGUCUCCGUCCGGCGACGAUGACGAGACGUUUUUGCCUGAUGACCUACUGGGGAACUUCAGGGCAGAGGCGCUGCCAAACAGUAAGGGCGCUGCGGCUGCACAGCCUAAGCGGCCUACCAAGCAAGAACAAGCCACGGCCCGCUACAAAAACUUCGAAACUUUGCGAGUCGUCCUUCAUUCCAUGGUUCCGUCGUCGUUCCCGUUCUUCCAGCAACUCGGCAAGGCAAUACUGCCUCGUCGAGGCGGGGACACAUUUUCGCGACAGCAUCAUAUCGAUCUCGCCAAGGGGCUGUCAGCGACCAUAAUCGAUCAGUUGAAGCCCUCGAUGGCGGUUGAGGUUGCAACGCCCAAAGACUACCAUUACUGGAUCAUCAUGCUUCACACACUCAGCGAGAUGCUGAUUGACGCGACUCCUAGAUCGAGUGACCGAUCUGGUUCUCAGAUCAUCAUGCCUGUGUAUCUGGCAUUUGUUGAGCAGGGCGGUCUGGAGAUUCUGACGACCAUGGCUCGACGUUUCGCUGAUAGAGCAGCCGAUCAAAGCAGCGGGACUGAGCCCAGUGCGGCCACCAAGAUCUGUUCUUUCGGCCUUAAGAGAGCGCUCGAUUUGUUUGCCACUGUUGUCGAUGGGAAGACCAUGGCAGACUCCGCCGCUCAGUUCGGGCUUAUCCCUCGGUCUGCAGGACCCCGGCCAGAGGCACCACUCUCCUACCAAAUGGUGCUUGACGCUCGCAUGGCCAUCUUCCCAGUCGUGCGUGAGAUAUGGGAUUCCGCAUUGAUGGAGAAGACGCAGCCAGAAACUCUAAGCAGGGUCAUCGAUAUUCUUAAAAUUGUGGCUGUCGGGAGCGAUGAGUCCGGUCAAUCGAGUACCCAGGCGUCUGACGUUUUAAAGAGAGUUCCUAGCGCUUUCAACUGGCGCACACACCAGACCUCGCUCUCUGCCCUCUCUAGAGACUACGACGACGACCUGGCGCGUGAGGCCGUUUACCGAGCCAACGGCAAUCAAAACUCCGCCACCGAGUACUGCCGGGCCCAUGCAGCCGGCACGGCUGGGUCACGAAACCCUGUACCUACCCAGGAUGCUUACUUUGCCCCUCCGCCCGAACCGUCACGUCGAUCCAGCCAGCAAGGCGCCCCUCCCAGCUCUGAACCUAUGGCUGUUGAUGCACCACCCGAGCUAGACAACCUUCUUGGUGACGCUGUGCUCGACGAGCUCGAAGGUCCGUCUUCUGAGGAAUCUGAUGACGACGACGAUGACGACGACGAAGAGAAUGAUGAAGAUGGCGAUCGUGCUGGCGAGGGUUCUCAGAAAGCUGGAGGAGCUGAUUUGCCCGUACAAGCCAACGAGUCAGCACAGCCGACAACAGAUCCUCGUGCAACCGCCAAGAAGGCGCUCGACGAUCAUCGGGAACAGUUCCGUAAAGAACUCAUCUCCAGGUCACUGGACAUAGUUCGGGCGCACCCUCAUUCAGCUAUAGAAGUAUCUGAGCUGAUUAGUGCCAUGGUCUUCCCUCAGGACAUCCGUGAGGAUGUUGGCGAGACCUUGACCAGCGCGAUCACCUCUCUUUCCUUCGACUUCGAUGAGGUUGAAUCCGACGCCAAUGGCUCCACAAUCGCCGCGUACGCUCACCUCUUUGCGCUUCUUCUCCGAGACAACGCUUUCCUUACGUGUAACAUUGAUACAUUGAGAGCCAACGUAUCCACCUACGUCGGGUUUUUGAAGCUUUCGCCAACACGUGCUAAGGACGACCUGCCUCCUUGGAUUCCUUACAUUCUUCUCAUUGUUGAAAUCCUGCUGGCCCAUGACGAAAAGCCAAUUGAGGCCACAUGGAAGGCCCCUACUUCCGAGAACGAAGUUAUCAAACCAGCCGUUAUCGAGAAGCCGGAGGCUAUCCUGUCUGACGCUGAGCAGAGCGACCUGCUAGAACGCAUCCUUGACAUCUUGCCACGGCUGGGCCAAGAGGACACUCUCGCAAUUUCUGUCCUCCGUGUCCUUGUUGUUCUCACUCGCAAGAGGUCUUUGGCACGCACAGUCGGCGAGAAAAAGAACCUCCAAAGACUAUUUGUCAUGGCAAAGCAGCUUGCCGGCGCCGGCGUGAACCGUCUCAAGGACACCAAGACAGCUGGGUGCAUCAUGAUAAUCCUAAGACACGUCGUUGAGGACGAGGAAACCACAAAACAGAUUAUGCGAGCUGAAGUUCGGAACCUAUUCGAUAACCCCCAACGAAACCAACGCAACCUCGAUGUAACGACCUAUCUUCGAAACCUCUCUGCCGUCGCCCUCCGCGCCCCUGACCUUUUCGUUGAGAUCACGAAUGACAUGACAAGAUUGACCCGCUGGUCCCCGGUCAGCGAGGGCACCGCACGGGCCCACUACAUUGCUCUCAAGGAGACGGAGCCUGAAGCUUCUGUGGCAACGAUAACACAGGACCAGAGCGUUGAGCCUACGGUGCAGGCAACCGAGGAUUUGUCGCUUCACGACAUCAAACAAUCUACUGAAGCAGGCGACAAGGAGAUGACUGAUGCCCCGAAGCCAACGGUCUCGCGCCCGAUCAUUGAGAACCCCGACGGAGUCGUCCACUUUUUACUCUGCGAGCUAUUGAACUACCGAGAGGUCGAGGACAAGGAGCCGAUCCAGCCCAAGGAUUCGAAAACGUCAUCGACUACACUCACCGCGACGAGCUCUGAUCCUGCAGCUAAGGAGAACACUGCAGAUGCCGGAGCAAGCUCUGAUGCUAAGGAGACCAAGGACAGCAAAGACAAGAAGUCCAAGCCUUCAUUCAAGGCCGAUGAGCAUCCUAUCUUCAUAUACCGUUGCUUCCUGCUUAACUGUCUCGCGGAGCUUCUGCAAAGCUAUAACAGAGCCAAGGUUGAGUUUAUCGACUUCAAACGGAGUGCACCGCUGCAGACAAAUACUCCAGUCAAGCCGCGCUCGAGCGUUUUGAACUACCUAAUUCAUGAUCUGCUUUGCCAGGGCGGCCUUGAGAAUCCUGAUACCCUUGUUGCCAAGAAGAAAAUGGCGACCUCGAACCAGGCUCAGCAAGUCCUAGUGGCUCUGAUGACCAAAACAGGCGAAAAGGCCAUCGAUAAGCACCGUGAGCGCUUCGAGUACGACGAUGAUCCGGAUCUUCUCUUCGUCAGGAAAUUUGCGUUGGACACUAUCCUUAAAGCGUAUGAGCGUGCUUCCACGCCCGAGGAGCCCCUCGAGACCCGAUACACCAAAAUGCAAUGCCUUGCUGAAUUAAUGAAUCAAGUCAUUGGCGAGAAGGAGCGCGACCCCCCGGGCGCCACGAGAGGCAUGGGAUCUCCGCAGGCUCGCUCGCAGGCGCAGCUCCGCCGCAUGAUGUACGAAAAGGGGUACUUGGACAAACUCACUUGGUCUAUUGCCGAUCUCGAUCUGAAUCACGUGGGGGUCAAGCGUGCCAUUAAGCAUGUGCUCCGGGUCCUACGGGUUCUCACCGACACCGCCAAAGAACUCAGUCGCUCCAACGUCAUCCCUUCCAUGACGCUUCCUGAUGUUGCGGACGAUGAGAUCGCAUCUUCGUCGUCCAUGUCUGACAUAGACGAUGACAGGGAAGAGACUCCCGACCUCUAUCGGAACUCGGCAUUGGGUAUGCUCGAGCCCCGUGGCAGCGAUGACGAGUCUGAGGACGAAGAAGAUGACGAUGAUGAUGAAGAGAUGUAUGACGACGAGUACGGCGACGAGCUCGAGUAUGGUGAGGAAGAGAUCUCUGAUGAUGGAGAUAACGGCAUCAGCGACGAUGACGACGAAGAGCUCGGUGAAAUGGGUGAGAUCGAGGGUCUCCAUGGGGACCCUGGAGUCGUCGAAGUUGUAAUGGAUGACGACGAUGAUAUGGAGGACGAUGACGAUGAGAUGAGUGACGACAUGGACUCCCAGGACAUGGAGGAAAUGGACGAUCGCGUCGAUAUCGCUGAAGAGAUUCUCGACGAGGACGGCAAUCCUAUCGACGACGACGGUGCCUCUGAUUGGGAAAGUGAGUCAGACGACGAGGAAGAGGAUGAUGACGAUGAAAUCGACUAUGGAGCCGAGGUCCAAGACCUCGACGAAGCCCAUAUGCACGGCCUGGGACCUGAAGAGAUCCUUGACAACCUAACGCGUGCUGUUGUCAUGGCCCCCGAUGGAGAGUUCGACCCCGAGGACAUGGAUGGACUUGGCGAACACUACAUUGAGGAUGAUCGUGGCGAUGAAGACGAUGACGAUGACGAAGACAUGGAAGAAGACGAGUACAUUUACGAUGAGGACUACCCUCAUGAUGAAGCCCCCCCAGCUAACGUCCCGAGCCAACUGGGUUGGGAUACUCUUGUGGUGGAGCCGUUCCCACAUGCACACCAUGGACAUCGACAUCGCCAUGCUGGGCACCGCAGUCCAUUCCCGCCUGCCAUCCUGGCUGGUGGUCCGCGUGACCCGCUCGGAGGCAUGUCUCCUGCCACGCUACUGCCUCAUAUCGAUGUCCUCCUCCACGACGUUGAGGCUCUCAUGUCGACUUACAAUGCUAACGCGAAUCCAGAUUUCCGCAGCUAUUUCUCACGUGGUCCCCGGGCAAACGCGGCACCCAGCAACGCCGACGACGGCAUCAACCCCUUGCUGCGUCGAACCAACCAAACUGCGGAGCCUUCACCACGCCCACCUGGAGUGCCUGGUCUGGUCGGCCUGCGUUUCCCCCCGGACGCCUUUGGAAUCGGGGCUGGCCGUCAUGGCGGCCUCAUGGAUAGCCCCAUGGCAAUUUUGAACGAUAUCGUUGCUUCUUUACCUGUCAUGCGACACGGACAACAGUCUGUCCAGCUCUCAAUCACACAGAACGGGCGUGGGGAACUUCGAGAAUAUCACGUUGUCCCCCGUGAGUCAAGAGGCGAUGCCCGACGAGAUGGAACCUACCAUGAGCCCCAGCAAGCCGUUGCUUUCACUCCGGAUUCCACCUUCGAGAGAUAUCAAGAAGAGGCCCGAAUGGUGUUUGGAGGAUCUCUUUACAUCGACAAAGCUCAGCGACUGCUCAAACUCAUCUUGUCAAGGCUGAUUCCUCCUGCGUUCGAGCAUGAGAAGAAAGUCAAAGCCGAGGAAGAAGAGAGGCGACGUGUCCGUGAAGAAGAAAGAAAAAAGCGGGAAGAAGAAGAACGGCGAGUAAGAGAGGCUAAGGAAGCCAAGGAGGCUGAGGAGAAGGCUGAGCGCGAACGAAAGGAAGCCGAGGAGCGCGAGGCACAACAGCGGCUGACGGCUGAAGCGCUGGGUUCCACGGAUUCCGACGCGCUCACAGCUGGCGCGGAUCCUCAAGCAAUGGAAGGCGUUGAAUCGCAUGGCGCUACUGAGUCGGCAACGGUGCCUCCAGUCAAUGUCCCUCGUGUUGUUACAACGAUCAGAGGGGAGGAGGUCGAUAUCACGGAACUUGGCAUCGACCCUGAAUAUCUGGCCGCACUGCCCGAAGAAUUCAGAGAGGAGGUCAUCGCGCAGACCGUGAGCUCUAGGCGCUCCCAGGCACGCGAGGAUGCGGCAGCGGGCGAACAGACCGAGGUCUUCCAAGAGUUCCUGGAUGCAUUGCCGGAAGAGAUGCGCAGCGAGAUCGUGCAGCAGGAACGCCAAGAGGUGCGCCGUCGCGAACGAGAAGAGCAACGCCGCCAAGCUGCUGGUGGUGCCGCCGAGCAAGAGAUGGAUGCUGCAAGCAUCUUAUUGACCUUCCCGCCUGAGCUGCGCCACGAAGUCUUGUUGGACCAGGGCGAAGACAUCAUGGAUCAAUUGCCAGCUGACAUGGCUGCCCAAGUCCGACUGAGUCAACGAGCGGGGAACGCCAGAAGCCCUCCUGGUAUCGCGCGGAGGCCGGCGCAGCAGCCGACAGAACCUGGACAGGAAGCCGAGACAAAGGUCCAACGCAAGACGGUAGUGCAGAUGCUCGACAAGCCUGGAAUCGCCACCCUGCUGCGUCUCAUGUUCAUUUCUCAAUACGGAUCUAUCCGCAAUUAUCUUUUCAGCGUUCUCGCCGAUGUUUGCGAGAACAGGCAGAACAGGCUCGAAGUCAUCAGUACCGUUCUCCUCAUCCUCCAAGAAGGCAGUACAGACAUGGACGCUGUGGAGAGGAGCUUCAGCCAGCUUUCUCUCAAAGCAAAGAAGCCGAAGGAUAAGGAUGCGGACCCCAAGACUCCACAGGGGCUCAAGAGAACGUUGACAUCCCUGACGACUUCUGGCCACGCCCAGACAAACUCUGAGAUAUCGCCUCUACUGGUCGUUCAUCAGUGCCUUGAUUUGCUGCAGGACCUCUCAACGAAGAACCCACACAUUCCCAUGCUCUUCCUUACCGAACACGAAAGCGUUGGGUCCUCACUGAAGCGCAUGCUUAGCAGGAAGGGGAAGGCUAAAGAUUACAAGGCUCAUAAGUACGCCAUCAACGCCCUUCUCAGCCUGCUUGACCGCGAGCUCGUCAUGGAAAGCUCGGUAGUCAUGGCGUACCUGGCAGACUUGCUCAAUAAGAUCACGGUGCCGCUCGCUACUAUCGAGCGCAGACGGCGAGAGGCUGCCGAAAAAGCGACGCUCGCGAACAAGAAGGUUGCCGAGGCGAUGAUUGCGGUUCAGAUGGCAGCCGAGGCAGCCGAGACGACAUCGACUGCUGAAGGUACUUCGGCCCAAAUUGAUGCCAAUGAUCAGACCAUUGGUGCAGUCGUAACCACAGCGAAUGCGACGCCAGCCGUUGAGACGUCUACCACCGUAGAGUAUGGUGACGCCCAGCAAUCAGAGGAAAGCAAAAAGCCCGAGCCGGAGACCUACAAAUCGGCGACGGCUGAUGAUUCCAAUCAGAAGAAGGGCAAGCAGAUGCAGGUCCCCGUCAUUCCACCUCAUCACCUUACUCUGGUUGUCAAGAUCUUCGUUGCUCGCGAGUGCAGCUCCAAAACCUUCCAGAACACCAUCUCUGCCAUCAAGAACCUUUCGUCUAUUCCGGGGGCCAAGGCAGUCUUCGGUCAAGAAUUGGUUCGCCAGGCCAGAGCUCUAAGCGAACGCAUCGUGCUCGACCUAGAUGAGCUAUUGCCGCAUAUCAAGAAGGCUACGACGGGCACCGAGAUUCAAGGAGUUGCGUUGUCCAAGUUUUCGCCGGGCGCAUCAGAGCAGAACAAGCUUCUUCGUGUCCUGACUGCUCUGGACCAUCUGUUCACUGACCCCAAGAAAAAGUCAGACGCCGAUACUGAUUCUGUGGUGAUGAACAUUCAGAAGCAAGACCUCGUGCACUCUCUCUACCACAACUCCACUUUCUCCAGCAUGUGGGACAAGCUCAGUGAGUGUCUGAGGGCUAUCCAUAAGCGCGAGAAUAUGGUCAAUGUCGCAACUAUCCUUCUUCCCCUCAUCGAGUCUCUUAUGGUUGUCUGCAAGAACACAGCCACAGCAGACUCCCCGGCGCAAGCCUCCGAGAAGGAGAUGCUCCUCUCAAGCCCUCCUCCCGAGUCCCGCAUGGCUGGACUCUUCUUCAACUUCACCGAAGACCACCGCCGAGUUCUCAAUGAGCUUGUCAGAAAUAACCCCAAGCUCAUGUCGGGUACAUUCGCUCUUCUCGUUAAGAACCCUAAGGUGCUGGAGUUUGACAACAAACGGAACUACUUCAACCGGAGCGUUCACAGCCGUGCUAGCACGCAGCGGUCUGCUUUCGCGUCCCUGCAGCUUGCGGUUCGACGUGAGCACGUCUUCCAUGACUCCUUCCGGUCCCUCUACUUCAAGUCUGGCGAUGAGAUGAAGUACGGCAAGCUCAAUAUUCGAUUCCAUGGUGAAGAGGGCGUCGAUGCCGGAGGUGUCACCCGCGAGUGGUUCCAGGUGCUCGCACGGCAGAUGUUCGACGCCAACUAUGCAUUGUUCAUUCCUGUGUCCUCGGACCGCACAACUUUCCACCCGAACAAGCUCAGUGGUAUCAACGACAUGCAUCUGAUGUACUUCAAGUUUGUGGGCCGCAUUAUCGGCAAAGCCUUAUAUGAAGGCCGACUUCUCGAUUGCUACUUCAGCCGCGCGGUGUACAAGCGCAUCCUUGGCAAGUCCGUUUCUGUCAAAGAUAUGGAAUCGUUUGAUCCCGACUACUACAAGUCGCUGGUGUGGAUGCUGGAGAACGAUAUCACCGACAUUAUUACAGAGACGUUCUCGGUCGAAGACGAUGAGUUCGGGGUUACUACGAUAGUCGACCUGUGCCCCGACGGCCGCAACAUCGCUGUUACUGAAGAGAACAAGAAUGACUACGUUCGUUUGGUUGUUGAGCACAAACUGCUGUCCUCGGUCAAAGAACAAAUGGAGCACUUUUUGAAGGGCUUCCACGAGAUCAUCCCGUCGGAGCUCAUCCGCAUCUUCAACGAACAGGAGCUUGAGCUACUCAUCUCCGGUCUGCCCGAUAUUGACAUUGACGACUGGAAGAGCAAUACCGAGUACCACAACUACACUCCAUCCUCGCAGCAAAUUCAGUGGUUCUGGCGUGCCAUUCGGUCGUUUGACAAGGAAGAGCUGGCCAAACUCCUGCAAUUCGUGACCGGAACGUCCAAAGUCCCUCUCAACGGAUUCAAGGAACUUGAGGGUAUGAAUGGCGUGAGCCGUUUCAACAUUCACCGCGACUAUGGUAACAAGGAGCGUCUUCCCAGCUCACACACAUGCUUCAACCAACUUGAUCUUCCUGAGUACGAGAGUUAUGAGACACUCCGUUCUCAGCUCAUGAAAGCUAUCACAGCUGGCAGCGAUUACUUUGGCUUCGCCUAA